ACACGUUCGAUAGAGAAUUCGAGAAUCGUACCUCUCGAAGAGUGUGAGUCAAAAUAAAGGGCAAUGUAUUACGUGUAUAGUGUUAACCAAGUAGUGCUCAGUUGUAAAUUGUAAAUAUAGCUAUGCGGGAAUAUCUGCAUGGCAAAUUAUAUUUAAACAGUUGUCUGUCGACGGAAAUAUGAUUCGCAAUUCAUUUGCAUUAUCGAAUCUGGAUGUUUAUCAAAAAGUUUAUAGUUUUGAAUCGAUAAUUUUAUAGUCUAAAGAUAGUUAGGGUUAAAUAAAUUUACGUACAUAUGUAGGUUACGAAAACAGUAGUUAAUAACAAUUGUAUAUAACUAUUUAAAAUGUUAAGUAUUCACAAGAUUUUAACGGUGAUUACUCUGAUGUUAUUUAAUCCUCAUCAAGCUAUCUCUUCUCAGAGUCUAGCAUUUUCUUCUAUUGUUAUUGAAGCAAACUAUACAAUAGAGUAUCAGUACACCAUAAACAGUACUGUUGAAUAUGUGUUCUUAUACCCUGUUAGUAAUGUAACAGCAAGAAUAGAAGUCGAAAGCAAUGCUAUCAUUGAUCUACCUCUUAUUGUAGUUGUUCGUCAAAAGAGAGAAAUCUUAUCAUGGCAAAUCCCCCUUGUAGUGAAUAGUAUAUAUUUUGAUGAUUUAGUAUAUAAUAAAACAAGUCAAACUUUAUGUUCGAUCAAUUACAAUCAAAGUGGGCUAGAAGAGGAAAAAGAAUUCAUCACCGUUACUUUAUCCACUGCUAAUUGUGAAAAUAUUUUAUUUAAACUUAACAUGACAAAACAAUAUGAUUUUUAUAUAAGCCCAGGAGGAAAAAGGAAUGUACAAAUUUCACCAUCUCAACCUAUUUAUUAUGGUUAUACUUUCCCAGGGCAAACGGAAAGUUCUUCUGUGAUUGUCCAUGUUCAAUCUGAUAGUGAUAUUUGUAUGACAUUUUCAAUACAAAAUACAACAUGCCCUGUGUUUGAUUUAGAGAGGAAUAUUCAAUUUUCUGGUUACUGGCAAACUGUAAACCAACAGGGUGGUAUAACUGUGCCAAAACAACAAUAUCCAUUGGGCUUUUUUGUAGUACUUGUAGUAAAAAGUGACGAUACUGAUUGUUACGGAGCUCCCAGUAUGAUUCCUUUACGGAAUAAACAAGUUUAUUUAACAAUAAACCCUAGUAUUACCAAACACGAUUAUGUUGUUGCAUCAGGAGUAAUAGUAUCUGUGAUUUUCACUUUUUGUAUUGCCUAUGUCGUGAGCGUUGUGAUGUUAAAAAUUAAAAAAGAGAGGAAAAUUAAACAAGAGUUAUUAGAUCAAGAAUCAGAACAAAUUGAUGAACCUGUACCAAGUCCUUUAACGGUACAAGAGUCCAUCCCACAUCGAUCAAUAUCGAUAGAAGAUGAAGAUGAUUCUUCAUUGGAUGAAGACGAUAUUGACUUAAUGGAAGAUGCCUUGGAUGAUAAAGAAAUAAUACGGACAAAACUUGUACUUUCCGUUUGCGAUUUGGCACGUAAAGCUCCAAAGAUUCUUAGGCACAAAUCUCGAUUAUACUUGUAUUAUCUGAUAACGGUUUCUAUCUUCUAUAUUUUACCUGCGGUACAACUAUUACUUACGUACCAGCAUGUACUUCAUGUUACUGGCAAUCAAGAUAUGUGCUAUUACAAUUUUUUAUGCGCCCAUCCAUUUUUAUCAUUGUCAGACCUUAAUCACGUAUUUUCAAAUAUUGGAUACAUUAUGUUGGGUUUUUUGUUUAUAUUUUUGACAUCUUCUCGAGAACACGAUGAGUUCGACAGAGAGAAAAAUAAGUGUUAUGGCAUACCACAACAUUAUGGAUUAUUUUACGCAAUGGGCACUGCACUUAUUAUGGAAGGAAUACUCUCAGGAAGUUAUCACGUGUGUCCAAAUCGAAGUAAUUUUCAAUUUGAUACGAGUUUUAUGUACAUCAUAACAGUGUUGUGUAUGAUUAAAAUUUAUCAAACUCGUCAUCCUGAUAUAAAUGCUCGAGCAUCAGUUACAUUUGCAAUGUUGGCAUUCAUCAUCUUCGUAGAAUUGUUGGGAGUUUUAAAUGGUACAAUAUAUUUUUUCGUUCUGUUUACGGUCAUACAUUUGCUAACUUGUCUUUAUAUGACUAUUCAAAUUUACUACAUGGGGCGGUGGAAAGUUAAAGAAUGCUUAAAGAGAAUAAUACAGAUUUGCAAACACGAUGCCCAACCUGGGUAUAGAUAUUUGUUUCGACCUUUGUAUAUGGGACGUUUUAUCAUACUUGUUAUAGCAAAUUUAUGGAACGUUUUUCUCGCAGUACUUGGGAAUAUACAUAACGAGAAAAACUUUGCAACAUUUUUGUUGGCUGUAUUAAUGUCUAAUUUAAUUUUAUAUACCUUUUUUUAUAUUUUUAUGAAGAUUUGUCAUAAAGAACGAAUUCUACUUCAACCAGCGAUUUAUAUUAUUUUAUCAAUCGCGUUUUGGGGCUCUGCUUUAUACUUUUUUAUAAACAAACCCAUCUCAUGGGAACUUACCCCAGCGCAAUCACGCAAUUAUAAUAAACCCUGCAUACUCCUAAAUUUUUUUGAUAGCCAUGACAUUUGGCAUUUUUUGUCUGCCCUAGCAAUGUUUUUUUCAUUUAUGGUAUUGCUUACUCUAGAUGAUGAUCUAAUUGAUGUGCAUCGAAGUCAAAUUUCAGUCUUUUGAGGACAAUGGCAUGAAUGAAUUAAUAAUAUAGAGAAGUAUUGAUCAUUUUUUUUACAACUCUGAUGAUAUGAUUGCAGAAUAAUAUACAUCUGAACUUGAUAUUAAUAAAUUAAAAAUAGUAUAAAAUAUAUGUAUGUAUAAAGGUCAUUUAGCAACUAUUUUAUAUUAAAUGUCUUAUUUCCGUUAAAUAUUCAAAUUCACAACA